CCUCACACACACACACUCUCUCUCUCUCUCCCUCUUGCACUUCGGCACACACACACACAUAUCUCUCUCUCUCUCUCUCUCGUGUCUGAUCUCUCAGGUGAUCUGAUGUGAUCUGAUCCGAUCUGCAGUGUAAAGGAGCGCCUGUGAGCCUGAGCUGUGCUGCGGGUUCCUUAUCGCUCCUCCAUCGUCCGUAUAAAAGCCGCACACGGACCGUGAGCUCGAGCAGUGCGGCACCGAGCACCGAGGUAAGAAGCUCCACCACGGGAUUAGACCUCAUACACGUUCAGACCGUCAUCGUCCGACCACCACGGGAUUAGACCUCAUACCCGAUCCGUCCGUCAUCGUCCGACUCCCUUCUUCAUUUUAUUGUUUGACCUGCAGAAGCUUCCGCGGGUUUCCGAAGCAGCAGACGGUUCAUUUUUCACCCGUGGCAGAAUGAUGAGGCGUUCAGAUGUUUCCUCGUUCCUCUCCGUGGGGCACCAGUGUCUUGCGGUAGUGGCGGCUUUGCUCUGCAACAUCAAUCACGUGACAGCAGAAAAGGUUCAGGACCAUUCCAGCUCAGACCAUUCCAACAAAUCAGGCAGCUGCGUAGGUGUAGUCAAGUGCUUCCCCGGAGUCAUUCUCCCGGUGUGGGAGCCACAAAACCCCUCUUUUGGGGACAAGGUGGCACGGGCCACAGUGUACUUUGUGGCUUUGGCUUACAUGUUUCUCGGAGUUUCCAUCGUCGCAGAUCGUUUCAUGGCGUCCAUCGAGGUGAUCACCUCUCAGGAGAGAGAGAUCACAAUUAAGAAACCUAACGGAGAAACGACCACCACCACUGUACGCAUCUGGAACGAAACAGUGUCUAAUCUUACUCUCAUGGCCUUGGGUUCCUCUGCUCCAGAGAUUUUGCUUUCAGUCAUUGAGGUUUGUGGUCAUAACUUUGAAGCUGGAGACCUUGGACCUUCCACCAUUGUUGGAAGUGCCGCCUUUAACAUGUUUGUGAUUAUUGGAAUCUGUGUCUAUGUGGUUCCUGAUGGAGAACAUCGCAAGGUGAAGCACCUUCGUGUCUUCUUUGUCACUGCUACCUGGAGCAUUUUUGCAUACGUGUGGCUCUAUUUGAUCCUGGCAGUUAUCUCUCCAGGCAUUGUACAAGUGUGGGAAGGCCUCCUCACGCUUUUCUUCUUCCCCAUCUGUGUAGUUUUUGCCUGGAUUGCCGAUCGCCGUCUCCUCUUCUACAAAUAUGUCUAUAAACGCUACAGAACCGGCAAGCAUCGCGGGAUGAUCAUCGAGACAGAGGGAGAUCGACCUCUUCCAUCCAAAGUGGACAUUGAAAUGGAUGGAAAGAUGCUCAACUCCCAUGCUGUGGAUUUUCUGGAUGGAACGUUGACUCUGGACCUGGAUGACAAAGAUCUUGAUGAAGAGGAGGCCAGACGUGACAUGGCGAAGAUUUUGAAGGAGCUGAAACAGAAGCACCCGGAUAAAGAAGUGGAGCAGCUGAUUGAGCUUGCUAAUUACCAGGUUCUCAGCCAACAGCAGAAAAGUCGGGCGUUCUAUCGAUGCCAGGCAACACGACUGAUGACUGGAGCUGGAAAUAUUUUAAAGAAACAUGCAGCAGAUCAAGCGCGAAAAGCUGUUAGCAUGCAUGAGGUGCGCAGUGACAUCGGUGAAAACGAUCCGAUUUCCAAGAUCUAUUUUGAUCCUGGAUCUUAUCAAUGCCUGGAAAACUGUGGAACUGUGGCAGUCAAUGUGGUUCGCCGUGGUGGAGAUCUCAACCAAACAGUUUCGGUCGAAUUUCGCACAGAAGAUGGGACGGCCAACGCUGGCUCGGACUACGAAUUCACCGAAGGCACCGUGGUGUUCAAGCCGGGUGAGACUCAAAAGGAGAUCCGUGUCGGCAUCAUCGACGAUGACAUCUUUGAGGAGGAUGAGAACUUCCACAUCCACCUCAGCAAUGUUUGCAUCAUUCACGAAAGCGAUGAGGCUGAGAAUGCAGAAGCAAAUCACGUGGACACGAUCGCGACCCUCGGCUUGCCUUCUACUGCCACAGUCACUAUAUUUGAUGAUGACCACGCUGGAAUCUUCACCUUCGAAGAGCCAGUGACACAUGUAAGCGAAAGUAUUGGUGUGAUGGAGAUGAAGGUUCUCAGAACAUCAGGAGCUCGAGGUGUGGUUAUGGUUCCCUACAAGACCAUAGAGGGCACAGCAAAAGGAGGAGGCGAGGAUUUCGAGGACAGUCACGGCAUGCUGGAGUUCCAAAACGAUGAAAUCUUGAAGACGAUCUCAGUCUGUGUGCUCAAUCGAGAGGAGUACAAUAAACAGUGCAGCUUUUAUUUAGUGCUCGAGACGCCACAGUGGAAGAGGAGAGGACGCACAGAAUACAGAGAGGAAGUAAAGGAUGUGGAACAGGAAGAGGCAGAGCCUCUAACAGGAGAGGAUGAAGAAGAGCGGCGCAUCGCAGAGAUGGGAAAACCCACACUGGGUGAACACGUCAAACUGGAGGUCAUCAUUGAAGAGUCUUACGAGUUCAAGAACACUGUUGACAAACUGAUUAAAAAGACGAACUUGGCGCUGCUGGUCGGCACAAACAGCUGGAGGGAUCAGUUCAUUGAAGCCAUCACAGUCAGUGCCGGUGAGGAUGAUGAUGAUGAAGAAUGUGGGGAGGAGAAGCUCCCAUCCUGUUUCGAUUAUGUGAUGCACUUCCUGACUGUGUUCUGGAAAGUUCUGUUCGCCUUUGUCCCACCCACUGACUACUGGAACGGGUGGGCGUGUUUCGUUGUGUCGAUCAUCAUGAUUGGCGUUCUGACAGCGUUUAUCGGAGACCUGGCAUCUCACUUUGGCUGCACCGUGGGACUGAAGGACUCGGUCACUGCUGUGGUGUUCGUCGCUCUCGGCACUUCUGUACCAGACACCUUUGCCAGUAAAGUGGCUGCGAUCCAGGACCAGUAUGCCGAUGCGUCUAUCGGGAAUGUGACAGGCAGCAAUGCAGUGAAUGUGUUCCUGGGCAUUGGUGUGGCCUGGUCUAUCGCAGCCAUCUUCCACCAAUCAAAAGGGCGAGAGUUUCGUGUGGAGCCAGGUAACCUGGCCUUCUCAGUAACGCUCUUCACCAUCUUCGCCUUCAUCUGCGUGGCUACGCUCAUGUACCGGCGCCGGCCUGACAUCGGUGGAGAGCUAGGAGGCCCGAGGACUGCCAAAGCACUCACUACCAUGCUGUUUGUCAGCCUGUGGCUGCUCUACAUCUUGUUCUCCUCACUUGAGGCUUACUGCCACAUCAAGGGCUUCUAAAUACACACACACACACACACAUAACAACACACUAACGUACAUAUGAUGCGUACACACAUUCACACAUUCUCACAUACACACAUAGGUUAUGAGGAUGGAUGGAUGCUAACAAGAAGGAAGCUGCAUCAGACAGAACAAGGAGCUUCUUUUACAAAGUUUUCGUUCUUUUUUUUAUUUGUUUCUUUUUUUUUUGAUAGAACAGAAACCGAUGAGAAAAAUAGGAGCUAUAAUAUGAUGCUGAAUUUUAUUUAUUUCUUCUCUGCCAUUUCACACUUAAUGCCUCAGGCUGAAAGAUUGAAUCUAUUUGGUCGUCUGUCAGCCGGUCAGGGUUCCACACUGACUACAGUGUGGAGAAAAAUGUGUAGGAAUAAUACGAAACACUUGAUGACAAGCCAGUACUAGAACACUUUAUGCUCUGCAUUAGCCCAGGAUCCAGAAAGUGCUGGAAUGGGUAGAACGGAAUUCUGGGUAAUGUAGUUCUGACUGUAUUUUACGGAACGUCUCAGUGCACUAUUCCGGUUCUUUUGUGGUCUUUGUGGUCCUUUCAACGCCUUUUUUUAGCAACAAUAAACUCUUUAAACAGUAACAGUUUCUCACAGGUUGAAUUUUACAUGCUAGCUUUUUAAUUAGCGCUUCAGCGAUAUGUCGUACCUACUGGAACAGGAUUUGAUGUUGAAUCUCUCACAACAAUCUGAUUUAAUCUUACUAAAAGUACGAUCAGUAUUUGCUAGCUCACAGCAAGCUAAAACACAAACACAUAGUGCACGUAUAUGCUUAACACACAUGGUGUUAUUGCUAACAUCAGAGCUGGCAAAAAUCCAGGGAAAUUCUAUUCACAUAAACACUGCGAUAACUCAACUUAACUAAUCACACCAGUCCGAUUGUAACAUCGUGUGAAUGUAAAAAACGUUAAUGAGUGACGAAAAAUCGAUACUUUUAAGCUUUAUACUUUAGCUUAUAAAUGUUAGUCAAAAACUGCUGUAAAAAAUCAGAUGAAAAACAGUUCAUCAAAGGAUCGCUGAAUUUCUCUGGAAAACUGGUUAAUAUUCACACUAACUUUAGCAUCACGAAGAAAGAGACGUGAUUCACAAAUUUACAAACGAUUCGGUUUUGAAUUUUGAAUGAGUCAUAAGCUAAAUUAAUUAUUAUUAGUCACCAGGCAUGAUUUGUUCCUAAAUGAAUCAGUCUUUCUAAGUGAAUCACUGAUGUGAAAGAAUCAGGAUUGGAUCUGUGUGGUGUUGAAUUUUUUUUAAACGAAUCACUCCGAUAUCUGAAUCAGUAUCUAGACACGUUUUGUUAGAGUCACUAAAUUGAAUCAGAAUCGUUCAGUGUCACUCGCUGAGUCAUUCCAUUUGCUGCCGAUGGACUUUGAUAUUGCAAACCACAGAACUGAAUCAUGAAGCCAAACCACUACAUUUCCAAGGUUUUUAAGUAGCUUUAUGUUAGAGCGAUAUAUUUUUAUGCAUCAGUGUUUUGUCAAAGUCUGUUUUGAACCGUGUGUGUGUGUGUGUGUGUGUAUGUGUGUGUGUGUGGAAUCUUUUGUUCACAACCAAGAUUGGCUUCUCUGUCGUUUAGUGGAUUGUUGUUCCAAGAAGUUCUGUGAUGUUUCCUCGCUCUCUUUGUCUUUACACUUUCUUUAUAAAGCUAGCUAGUCCGCCUCAGCUAUUAUUAGCUCUCUCUGUGUUCAGUGUGUUUCUGCUCUCGUUCAGUCCACACCACACUGAUGCACUACAUAUUAAAAUGAUCGUUAACGAUUGGGGUUUUUUUCGCUAGUUUUGUAACACAAGUCCACUUAUUUUUAUAAACAUUUGUUUGGCUUUUAUUAAGUUUAAACAGGACAUUUUUCAUAGACUGAUAGGCCUCCUUAGAUUAGCGUGACCCGAGUUUACACUGAUGACUGUUACACACACACACACACACACACACACACAUACACAUACAAAUGUAAAUCAGUCUUGUACAUUUCAUGAACAAACUUAACCAUGCUAGAGAAAUGUACUCGUAUCACAGUCGCUAAAAUCUCUCCCUCACACCCAACUACACACACACACACACACACACACACACACAGUGGAGUUUACGAGGGCAUGCGCUCCCUCCAGUCCUGCUGAGAUUAUAUAAGUAAGGCUAACAUAUUAGCAGAUUAGCAUGGUUUUAGAAACAGCUGCUCAAUUUAGUCUGGAUUUAAAGUUGUAGUUUAGUCUGGAUACGUCACCGAACGUAGCUAGAUUUGUAAAUUUUAUUUAAAGAAGGUAAAAGUUUCAGAUUAAACUUUAUUUAAAAUUAAACACAGAUUUUUAUCUAUUUGUCCUUUUAGAGUCCAGAGUUUCACACUAAUCUAGAUUAGACAUGCUAGCGGUUAAGACUCAAUACAUUUAGAUUUGGGAUAAAUGCUAAUUGUAGUUUAGCUUGAUGAUAAGAAAAAAAUUGCCAAAGGGAAAAUUGUAAAAUCAUUUCUAAAACACAAUUCUAGUGAUACAAAAGGGUUUUGUAUUUGAUGCUAAUGUUUUUUACCGAAAGAAGAGAAUUAAAACGUAAAGUUUGAAAUGGCCUGGGAGGACUUUCGUACAAGAAUUUAUACAAAACAUUUCAACAAGACUCAGGCGUUAAACCUUAGCGCUAAACCUUAGCGACUGCUUCAGGACACAUGAUCGCUGUAGCUUAAUGCUGAAGCAAAAACGCAAAACUGGCUAUUACUUUAUUUUUGUUUUCUUUUUUCUUUAUUUAUUAUUGUGAAAACAAAAAUGGUUCCCUGAUGUUUCUUUACAAAGAUGGACAAAACAGACUGUUGGAACACAAAGAAAACACACACACACACACACACACACACACACACACACACACACUAAGUUACACACAAAAUACAAUCCACAGACUCUUGAAAUUCCUUGAAAAACAAUUGAAAGAAAGAAAUAAAGGCGAGAAGAUAAGGAUGAAGAGGAGGGUGGACACAUGUGAAUUACAGCCAUACUAUGCCGCAACGACUUCCUGUGGGCGUGGCUUCCUGCUAAUUGCGGCGUGUCUCAAAACGUGUCUGCAUCUCAGUGUGUGUAUGUGUGACGUCUUGGUCGGUCGGACGCGUGUCGUCUAACUCCGCUCCUGAAGGCGGCAGCCUGGGGUUAAUAAAUAUACAUAAUUCAGGCGCUAAGAGACAUCGCUAACUAACACUGACAGAAUGGACAGGGAAUGAUAGAUAACAUCUUUUUACUCACAUGUUAACGCUUUAUUCAGACACAUGUGACAUGCUAAAAGAGAUGCAGUCUGCACUCAGGCCAUGUUUUAGUACAGGAUAUUAGCAUGGUAUGCUAUGCUAGCUGUAAGAGAGCUACAUUCUGCUUCAAGGGUUUAACUGAUCAGUAAUUUAUUAAUGAUUUCAUUUCAUACGGACAGGAAACUAGCUGAUUAAUUAGCUGUAUUAAUUAGCUGUGUUAAUUAGCUGUAUUAAUUAGCAACAUUUAUUGUUCAAAUUAAAGCUUUUCCUUUCACUUACUGUAGGAAAGAAAAAAUGGAAUCUCGAUAAUCUCGUUUUAAUUUUGUUUAGAAUUUAGUUUAUUAUGUAAUGAUUAUCAUGGCGUAUAUGACAUUUUUGACAUAAAAACUGUUGUCGUUUAAAAAUGAAUAAUUAAUUAUUAUUCAUUUCAUUCAUUUAAUUUAAUCUGUUUGAAUUCAUCUUGUUUUGUUAAAAUUAUGUGAUGUUACGAUUAAUUUGUGAGUUUUAUUAUCCAAAUCGCACGUUUUUUCAGUAACUGUGAAAAGAAGCCGAGGAUAUCCUGAUCAUUUUAAAUAAUAAACACUUCUGCAUGUUUAUGUUUUUUAAAAUUGUUAGAAUGAAUUUGAAUAAAAAGCAGCAGUGCUUCUUACAAAUGAAGUAAAAGAAGUAUAGUUUUUGCUAGCAGACUCGCUCUGCCCCCCUCCCCCCCAGGCGUAUUCAGGAUCGGAGUCUGACGACACAGUUGUGCGUCUCACGUGUCGUCUGCACCGAUUGUGGGCGGUCCUGCAUUUCAAGUCCCUCCCUCGUUCCUACGUGCCCCUGUCCCAGCCCAAGCCUUGUCCCUCAUUUCAUAUUAGGAAUGUUAAUGUGCUAGUUGUUGACACUGUGCAUGGAUGCUAACCUGUGUGUAUAUAGUAAGCAGUAACUCAUUAAUGUCGUCACUGAAAGGUUUCAAAUGUUCUAUGUGUAGAUAUUUCCAUUUUAUUUUGGGUUUUUGUUUUUUAAAGAAAAGAGGAUAAAGGCAGUAUCUGUGGUUCAGGACAGUGCUCUGAGGAUUUAAUGACUGCAUGGGAACUUGUACAAAUAAUAAUAUUAAUAACAUUACAAUAAUAAUGAUGAUGAUGAGAAUAACACUAUUAAUAACAAUAAUAAUAACACUUCUUAAUGCUUGUUGCCAUGGUUGUAUUAUUAUUAUUUGAGAGAUUAUAUAUAGAUUCUUCUACAUGAAAGAUUGUGUUGUCAUUGCGAGUUUGUGUGUAUAUAGUGUACAGUGACUCGAGGCGUGUGUGUGUUAUGGCCUCGACUUUAUCACAUAUUUAUUUUAAACCCUUUAGUCAACUCAAGAAUGACAAAUAUUGCCUUUUAGAUGUACGUCUUAUUUCCUUCACUGAGCAGUGUGUGUGUGUGUGUGUUUGUGUGUGUGUUUGUGUGUGUGUGUGUGUGUGUGUGUGUGUGUGUGUGUGUGUGUGUGUAUGUGUGUGUGUGUGUUGUUGUCAUUGCCCCUCUCCCCCCUGCUGCUCAGGUGGACUUGUUUUUUCAGGGGUUUAAUAAUAUCUUUAAUAAUUUUGUUUCUCUCCCUCUCUCUCUCUCUCUCUCUCUCUCUCUCUCUCUCUCUCUGUCUCUCCCCCUCUCCCCCCCCUCUCUCUCUCCCUCUCUCUGUCUCUCCCCCUCACUCUCCCCCUAACCCCCCUCUCUCUCUGCCUCUCUCUCUCUCUCUCUCUCCCUCUCUCUCCCUCUAUUUCUCUCCCCCUCUCUCUCCCUCUCUCUCUCCCCCUCUCCCUCUCUCUCUCUGUCUCUCCCCCUCUCGCUCCCCCUCCCCUCCCCCCUCUCUCUUUCUUUCUCUCUCU